ACGGACUAAAGCGUCCCUGGAAGCUCCAUCAGCGGAUUCUAUUUUGAUAUGUUGUUGUUUAGCUAGCAGACCAAGUGCAACCAUUCUACUCAUUUGUAAGGGAACAUGUCAAUAAUAAUUGCACUUGACUGAUCUUGCCCUUACUGGGAUAGGAUAAUAACUUGUAGUUAGUAACCAUGACAGCAGCUGCUGAUCUACAGAUUGGAGACCAGCUGAUCCUGGAAGAGGACUACGAUGAGAGCUAUAUCCCCUCUGAACAAGAGAUCCACGAGUACGCACGAGAGAUUGGCAUUGAUCCCAAUCGGGAGCCAGAGCUCCUAUGGCUGGCCAGGGAGGGCAUUGUUGCCCCACUGCCUCCCGAAUGGAAACCCUGUCAGGACGUGACGGGGGAUGUGUACUACUUCAACUUCUCCUCGGGCCAGUCCACCUGGGACCACCCGUGUGACGAGCAAUACCGCAGCCUGGUAAAACAGGAGCGCGAACGAGCCGGCACCCAGCCCCACGGGCCCCCCACCACCGCCGCUAAAAAGGAGAAGAAGAAGAAAAAAGACAAGAAGGAGAAAAAGAAGAAGGAGAAAGACCAAGAGCUCCUGAAACCACCAGGAUCUGUUAGCAAAGGGGAAAGUCGUGCAUUGAAGGAGACCCAGACAGAAACAGGGAAGGCUACUCAGAUCACAGGGAUCCUCUGCACCCACCCAGCCCCCUCUCUGCCCCUUGAACGUCAGCUUUGCUGUCUUCUCUAAUACAGCACUCCCCAGCUUGGCUCCACUAUCCCACCUGUCCACCCUCCCUCCUCUCAACUGGGCUGUAUCUCCUCUCUCGCCCCUGGGUGGGUCUGUCCGCUGCAGUAAGGCCCUAGCGGACGCCCAAGAGAUCCUGGGCCUUUCUCCUGGCUUCUCCAGAGCCUUCCCUGACCCAGAGACUCAGCCUCCACCUGCCCCUUCACAUCCUCCCAAUACCCCUGGGAACAGUGAAAGGUUCACUGGUAGGGGGUUCAAACAAACAUGGGGGCUAGCGCCAUACAAUGAGGAAUGGGACAGGGCAGUGGGGUUUGGCCUAGGACCCAAUGAUGAAACACAGAGCCGAGCUGAUGCAGUUAGUCAUGGUAGUCUCGAGGGGGGAGCAGAGGGCUUUGUCACUGAGGAGGUGGUGGAAUGGAGGGGGGCAGCAGAAGAGGGCAGGGAGAGCAGUAGUGAUUUCAGCGACAAGGUGGUAUGUUUAGAAGUGGAGGAAGGAAUGGCUAUUGAACCCCAAAUGCCUUCAUAUGGUCAUUCUACACCUGGGGCAGUGAUGACGGAAAUGUAUGAGGGAAGAGAAGGCCAAGCCAAGCAGAAGGGAAAGUUCAUCCCAGGAGUUCACUUACUUGAUGCCAGGGACAGUGAGCAGGGCCUCGUCCCCCUACCUGGCCCCUCUCUGUCUCUCCCCUGGCCCCAUGUCCCCCUACCUCUCAGCCGAGAGACAGGAUGGGAGAGAGCAUGGCCGAUCCUGCAGGGCAGGGCAAUACAGGGAGUCGGCAGGUAGGACCACAGAUUACAGACAGGCAAUAGUAAGACAUGGGCUCAGAGCGUAAAGGAACUGUUGUAGUCAUAGGAGAGGGAUUGGUAGAAGCAGGUAAAUGAUAGGAGCAGUAUACCAAAUUUUGCUCUGUUUCGAUAAUAUCCUUGAAUAUCAUGAUGAUUACUAUUAACCUGACCUCUCUCAACACAACAUAUUUGUUCACAUGUGUCUCUC